UGGGCACUUACACGUUUGCACAAUCAAGCAGUUGCGUUUGCGCCUUCCGUUGGACUCUCGGAGAUUAUUGACCUUGGUUUCUGUGAGUCGUAGGAUUAUUGUCACAGUCCAAGUUAUAAAAGAGAGUCAUUGGGGAGAUGUGGUCUGAAAAUCCGAUUAUUUCUACUAAAAUAAUUACCCUCGACAUCAUCAGUUCACUGUUACGCACCAGUGGGAGUAGUAUUAUUUAUCUCUUGUAACAUCUGUUUUGACGAAAAAAGGUCGUGUAGGGCUUCUUUUGGAUUUCUACUCUUGUUUGGUUUUCCGAUUCCUUUCAUGUGGAAAUUCUAGAAACUUCUUUCGGUGGAAGUGGUGGAUUCUCUCUGGUGUCAAUUUUGGACGCCGCGCGCUCUCCAAGAACCAUGAGGACCAAUUACUCCAACGUUUUGGUAUUAUUUUUCGCGGUUACCUUCGAAUUACCUCUGCUUGUUUGCGGAGAACGUCUCAAUAAUAAUAUCGUGAAGAACUGGUCUGCGCAAGUGGAGAGCUAUCUCCUUAAACUUGCCGAGGAAGGCUUGAAAACGCGCGAGCUUCAGAAAUUGUACGACAGCGCAAAUUACACAGUGGAGGAGAAAAGUGGAUUUGAUACUCUGAACUCUGUGAAAUCACGGCUCGGAAACUACUUCGUCAAAAAGGAAAAUGCAGCUAGGAAAGUUGCAGAAGAAGUUGCCAGACUUCAUGACGAAUUUUACAGAAAUGAAACUCUACAAGAAAUGGCAAAGGUUUCAACUCUACAGCAACUUGGUGACAAAUUCUACUCUGACUCAGAUCUAGUAGAUACUCUGCCUAAAGAUCUGGAGUUCAACAUGUUAUUCAAGCAGAAAGUGAGUAAAAGCAGGAGCUCUGUGAAGAUCUCUGACCAGGUUGCCAGAAGCAACCCCAAGCUGAUUGAAGCUGUGUUUUGGUCAUCGCUUCUAGAUAAUGUGUUUAAAGAAAAUUCAAAGAAUGAUCCCGAACUAAGGUGGCAGAAUUUUGGUUCCAUAGAGGGUUUCCUCAGAACGUACCCAACUCGAGAAUGGUCCUUAAACUUUGCCGGGUUCCACAUAGAUUAUGACCCCAGAUUAAGGCCCUGGUAUAUUGGUGCCACGUCAGGCCCCAAGGACAUCGUCAUUGUCCUGGAUUGCAGCUUGUCCAUGGCGGGAAAGAAAUUCCACAUGGCCAGACAAGUAGCAAAGACAGUAUUGAACACCCUGACUAAACAAGAUUAUGUCAAUGUUAUCUGUGGACACGAGGGUCAUUGGGAUGAAGUGGGAAAGUGGUUUGAGUAUAAGACAGAAGUGCUUAGCUGUCAACAGAAUCGACUGGUACCGGCAUCCACCUCGCACCGCAAAGACUUAAUUGAAAAGAUUGAUAAUCUGAAGGCUGGUGGAACAAGUGAACUCAAAAAAGCUUUCAAAUUGGCUUUUGAAUUGCUGCAAGGAGUUGCCAGGACAGGCUGCCAGAGCAUCAUUGUGUUCGCUACAGAUGGAGUGGACAAUGAUGGGGACCCUGUGCGCUGUGGGCCAGGGUACUACACCAGGAGCGGUUACGUUGCAGGGCAGAUAUGCAAAUAUGAUUGGAAUGAUGUGUGGGAUGAAGUACAGGCCACGAAUAGAUAUAUGAACCCUAGGACGCGGAUCUUUUCCUAUUUAACCGCGGACGAUGGCGAAGAAUUUCCAGGAAAGCUUGCUUGCGACAAUGAGGGCUUUAUGAAGAAGCUAACAGACGAAGAGAACAUCAUAUCACAAAUGCAGGAUUACUACAGCUUCUUGGCGUCCAAUACGAUAAGUAUUAGUAAUGUCACGUGGACAUCUCCUUACCUGGACGCGUCCGGCCUAGGACUCAUGGUCACGGUGGCCAUACCUGUCAUCAGCAAAGUCACGAACAAGACUAUAGGUGUGGUUGGAAUCGAUGCCACACUGGAAGAAAUCGAGAACAUCCUGUUGAACGACCAGUGGGGAUCGGUGUACGCUUUUCUGGUGAACGAGGGAGGAGAGACAAUUUUUCACCCGCUUCUGCGGCCAAGUACUGAGCUUGUGGAUGACCCAAUCUUCAUUCCAAUUAGCACUCUAGAACAGCGAAAUGGUAAACCAGCGGAGUUUAACACAGUCGCUAAAGCCAUGAUGGAUGGCGAAACUGGCUCCCUUAGAAUCGAAGACGCCAUCAGAAGCAUUCCAAAAGGAGAUUUCCAAGACGGCGUAAUGCUCGUGACUCUACCUUCCACUUAUUACUACACGUCAAUUAAGGACUCCGAGUACGUUUUUGCCUUCAAUCUCGCAGACUCAGACAAGAAUUACCGCAGACCAGCGUCACCGCCGCGUGGGAUGAAAAUUCCGGUGAAUUAUUACGCCAACAUUUUGUCCUAUAACUCACCUGAAGUGAGGCAGGUUUUGGGAAAUUUGUACGAAGAUUUCGGUGUUGAGUACAACGUCUCUUUCUUCCCUGACUUACCCGUGACAUUUAACGUUUCCACUGUGAUGCUGAGCCCUAAGACCUACUGUAACCCAAAUAACUUCCUCUUCAGGGAAAAUAACAGUGAUAUCACCCUUGAAGCACAUCGUUUUCUGAACGGGGAGGGUGGCAACAGUGACUGUCCACAAGGAAGAUUUCGUGCUUCUGUUAGACCCGAUGUGGAGAUCACAUCGUUAAUAGAGGACAUUUGGAAGAACAACCGGUCGAGAGAGAUUUUGAAAGAUGUUCCUUGGACCUACAUUGGUACACGAAGUGGUAUUUUCCGCUCCUACCCAGGCCACCGCACACGAAAGAACUUCGACCCAACCAAGCGGCCAUGGUAUCAUCGUGCCCUAGUGAACCCGGCCAAAGCAGCUGUGUCGAAUGCCUACAUGGACGCGAAUGGUAUCGGAAAAGUGAUUACAAUUUCUGAAGCUGUUUUCCAGGCAUUACCACAAAACACGUCCAAUAUUACUUGCGGAGGCACAAUUAAUCUGCUAGGAGGAUGCGCAUGUUCAAGGGAUGUUCAGUGUAUUUCAGGCAAGUGUCGUGUUUACGAAGGAAAUCGUUCGUUAUGCGCUGGUGAUCGAGUUGAAGCAGUCACAGCCCUGGAUAUCCUAUACAAUGACUUUCAUCGCCGAGUGUACGGGUUGCUGGACAGUUCAGGGGAGAAGAAGUCUUGCGGAAUGAACUACACGUGCCCUGAUGAUGAGCACGUGUGCCAAACGAGAUGUUACUUAGUGGAUAACUUGGCAAAUUUAGUCACCGACCCCGACUUUCUUCUGGCGAGUACCACAGAUGCGCGGGAAUAUGAACGAGUAAGCUUGGGUCGUAAAGAGGGUGACGUAAUGAAACUUUUGGUCACGAAGCAUAAGUUCUUUGUUCCCAACCAGCGGGCUGAUUUCCAGGGGAUUUGCAGCGUUUCCCCGUAUGCACCAAAGGUGACACUGGAAGGGAUAGUUCGAACGCCUGAACAGGAAGAUGACUACUACAAGAACAGAGGACCAAUUCCUCCAUUCAGAAACGAGUACGGCUGCAUUCAAGAUGUUGUAGGCUACACUUCAGAUGAUGCCGUUCUGGGUUCUGAUGGCAUAAUUGCUGACUCAGUUGAUGGUCCUUGCAGAUCUGGGAACUUUUUCCUCUCGGCUCUCCCCAGGACUAAUCUGUAUCUGCUUGUGAUAGAGAACUGGAGCGAGUACCGUCAAUCCUACUUUUAUAACUUUAACUGCCACAUUAGCAACCGAGUGUACGACUCAGGUGCAUUUCGCAUCGUAAACGGCACAUGCGCGCACAUUGAGACCCAAACGAGUCUUAAAAAGAAAGAAAAAUGCCCUGCUCUGAAAAACGUCGAGAUGCAAUGUAGCUACAAUGUGUCUGAUACUCUCACAGUACCGAACCUUAUACAGUUGUUUGUAACAACGUUAGCUGUCAUUUUCAAGAUGACAUGAUUAAUUCUUGCCUUUAAUUUAGGGAACCAGUUAAUUUAUUGAACGAUUGUCGAAUAUGUUUUCCAAUAGAUUUUUUACAAAUGAUCGAUCCGCUACGUAUUACAAUCACCUACCAGUUGUGAUUUUCUUGAUACCUACACAGGCAGCAGCAUGAUAUUAGAGCUGCUGAUGCUGUUAGAAAUAUUCCAAUAUUGCAAGGGCGGAUCCAGGACUUUUCCUAGGAGGGGUAAAUAGUAACGUAACUGACAGGUGUCGUCAGCAAAUUUUACCUGCGAACAACGAAGAAUAGAAAGAAGGCGUAUGAAUAGGGAAUAAAAUAAUGUGAACUGCUGAUUAUACAGAGCAAACUAUAAGGCAGACUUUACAUAACCGUUUAGUUAUAUUACAUGUCCGCAGGUCAUGUCGGGGGGGGGGAAUACGUAACCCCUGCACCCCUCCUCUAGAUCCGCCCCUGUCUUGUGAUUACUGUUUUCUUAAAUAGGGAAUUAAAGCAGUCAGAACAAGGUAGACGUCGAUUGAAAAACUGUUUUGUAUUUUUGAUUAGAACUUUGUGAAUGGUUAGACGUGUCUCUCACGGCGCCACACCUUAACUUCAGCAUAACGAGAUUUGCUUUCUCUGAACACGCAAAUUUUGGUGAUCUCACGCGUUGCUUUGCAGAGAACGGCUAAGAAAUAUACAAGGAUGUAAAAUGCAGGUGCUGAGCUAUUGUUCUGUCCAUUCGAUCUUUUUUUGCCACCUCGUUGUCAUCGUCGUCGUCGUUUUCUUAAGUUCCCCACUCUCGCCAGCUAGCAGCGUUUUUUUCGAUCUUGGAAGUGAUGUACGUGGGUUUGAAUCAGCGAGCUAACAUUGAUUCAUAGUGUAAUCGAAACUAUGUAUAUUUUAUAGUAAGAGUCACCAGACAUAAUUAUUUCAGUUUUUAUUAUCAGUUAAAUCACCCACAUUACGUUUAAAUUCAAACUUGAUGUAAUGUCAUACUUGAUUUAUAUCCUUCAUAAUAUAUAACAAUGUUUGAUUAAUAUA